GUAUUCCAGCGUGCAUUAGAAGCAGUAAUGGCAACAGAAUGCCUCAAGAGCUGUUGUAGAGGGUGUCUGUAUAUUGGGAAAGAAAAACCUGAUGCCUCCCUGGAGAAGGAGUCUGAAGUUACAGCCAAACAUGGAUCAAAUGUUGUGGAGAAACCUCCCUUGUCUUCUGUGUCGGUGCAGCGGCAGAUUGGCUGCUCAGAAGAUUAUCUUCUUUCCAAGCUCCCGCCAGCUGGCCAGGAAGUGCCUUUUGUGGUUCCUCAGUUCAAGCUUGCCUACAUUCAACCCAGGAACCUUGGUAGUCCACAUCUUGGAGGAAUUCAAGGUUCUGCUAUAACAUCAUUUGGUGACCGGAAAGCAGAGCUUUCUAGUGCGUACCAGCAAAGACCCCUUGUUGAUGUGGUAUAUAACCCAUUCUACAUGCAGCAUCAGCCACCGCCUGCCUCUCCAGAUUUGAUUCAGUGCCACCCAGAAAAAUUGGACAAAAGAAGAUUAUAUGGUUCAGUUUGUGACUUAAGGAGUAGCACAUUGCCGGGCUCAGCUUCUUUAAGUCACUCUAUGUUUGAUCUUACAAGUCCACCCCAUCGAUUCAUCCAGAGAUACGAUUCACUUUCCAGUGUUCCAAGUAGCACCUCUUCCAAGAAGGAUUCGCAAGGUAGUAACAGAAGUUUAGAUACCAUUACAUUAUCCGGUGAUGAAAGAGAAUUUGGCAGGUUAAAUGUGAAGGUGUGCUAUGUUCUUCCUGUGGAACAGAUCUGGAUCACAAUCGUGCAAUGCAAAGAUCUGAGCUGGUCAUCUAGUUCUGGAGAAAACCCUCAUAUUUCAAUCAAAGGAGUCCUUACAUUACCUAAGCCAGUGCAGUUCAGGUGUUUGGCAAAAGAAGCUUCCACUGACAUUGAAUUCAUGGAAACCUUUGUGUUUGCAAUCAAAUUGCAACUCCUACAGACUGCAAGACUAGUGUUCAAAGUACAAACACAGAGUCCCAGGAAGAAAACCAUAGGAGAAUGCAGUUUGCCACUGCGAGAGCUCAGCUCACAAGAAACUAACUAUUGGUUGAUGAUAGCACCUGCUUUCAAAGCUUCAGUGUGUGCUGCAGAACUGAAAAUAGGCACCUGUUUUCAAGCAGUAAACAGCCGGAUCCAGUUGCAAAUUCUUGAAGCCCAGAACCUCCCAAGCUCAUCCACACCACUGUCUUCAAGUUUUUUUGUAAAGGCUGCAAUGCUUAGCAUGGAAGGACUAGUUGAUAAGAAAAAGACCCGGCUACUGAAAUCCACUAAUGGCCAAGUGAAAUGGGGAGAAAGUAUGAUUUUUCCAGUGAGCCAGAAUGAGCAUGGGAUAAACUUUCUCAUCAAACUCUACAGCAGGAGUUCAGUGAGGAGAAAACACUUCCUGGGACAGGUCUGGCUAAGCAGUGACAGCAACAGUACUGAAGCUGCUGAUCAGUGGAAAGACACAAUUGCAAAUCCUGAGAAGGUAGUUGUUAAAUGGCAUCACAUUAGUCAAGCAUGAUGAUGCCUUGGACAGUACUUUUGGUACUGAUCUGGACUUGACCCAAGAGGCUUCUGCACUUAUUUAAAACAAACAGGCGUUGAGUAAGAGAAAAGAAUAUAAAUGCCUACAUGAACUGUGUACAGUGUCACCUCUGGAGGAGAAAAUGAGAGAAGGAGCAGUUGUGGUGGCAAUAUUAAGACAUGUCCGUGGAACUCCAAUGCCACCUUGCGAAGUUAAUGUCCUGACUACUUACUGACGACUGUGGCUUUUAUUUUCUAGAAGGAUUACAUAUGGAACUUUUGUAUAUUUAUAUGCAUCUUAGAAGAAAAACUAACUUAAUGUACUCUCUAAGAUUUAAGUAAAAAUGACUU